CGCGCACCAAUCACGCGACUUUCAGCGAAAUUCCUUCCCUCUUGUUUCUUCUUGUGUCUUGCGUGGCGGUCGCUCUGCUCUUGCUUCUGAUUUCCCUCUCUCUUUGAAUGAAGAACAACACGAACCUGUUUCUGUUCUCCACCCCCUUGUUCCUUCCCCCAUACCUGCUGUUGUUGUUACAAUUACGAUCACGCUUCCCUUGUCUCCGUGCUUGCUUCAGCCUCAGCCUCAGCUGAUUGUUUUGACAAACACCGGCCAUGCCACAAGGACCGCGCUACCACCAGGUCCCCUCGAGUGAGGCAGACGCAUCACACGAGCGCACACAGGAAGUUCCACUCGUUGCAGACGACGAGCCCCUGCCCUCCUACGAAGCAGCAGCAGGCCAGACCACAAACACAUCCUCCUCGGCGCCUACCGCCGUGUUUGUGUUGCCGUCAUACGAAGAAGUGCAGGAGAUGAAGCGCCAAGCGAACGAGGAACGGAGCACCUCCACUGCGCCAGCACAGGCCGUGGUUGAAGCCGACCACUACCUCGGCACAGACGCGUCCUUCAUCCUCUCCUUCCUUGUUGCGUUCCUGUUGAACGGGAUUGGCUUCUUGUGUGCGUUUCUCAUGUCGAGCACAAUUGCUGGGCGGUACGGUGCCACGUCCGGCUUUGGGCUUGCCCUCGUCAAGGUCUCGGUCAUCUUCUACCACGUGUACGUUGCGUCUGUUGGCGGUGACACGGACGACGACAAUGACUCCAUGUUCCUGUUUGGCAUCUACCGCCCACCCUCGACAGCGAGCCCCGCGCCAAACGCCACCGCCAUCAGCAGCGACGGCAGCGUGACAGCCGUGUUCUACGAUGACCCCGCAUACAACGACGGCCACUCGCCGCGCGCACACAUGUGGAUCAGCUGCCUCUUCUUCUUCUUUGGCGUGAUGCUCUUUUUCCACGGCAUCAUCGGAUAUGUGCGCGCAAAGGCCGCCGUGCGCCGGGCCCGCGCCGCCCUCUAACCGCCGCCGCCUCCCCCCCCCCCCACCGCUGACUGCAAUUGCAAUUCACUCCAUGGCGAUACCAUGGUGACGCAGCACCUCUUCCAUCCUCGUGAUCCUGUGUACAACAAGCAACAAACAUCCAAACAUGAACCAUGCACCAAACAAUCAUGAUGCGCAAAAACAACUUCCGUCCUCAUGUCUGUGCCCGUCUUGUGGCCUGCUUUUUGUUUGUUUGUUUGUUUGUUUGUUUGUUUGUUUGUUUGUUUUUGUUGACUUGACGCAUUAUCAGCAACCUCAAUGCACGUUACGUGAUGGUCCUAACUGUCUUUGUGUGUGCUGUGCGUGAUUUGAUACGCGCGUGCCUUUCUUUGCUUGUCCUGCCUUUCCUUUGCCUUUUCUCUCUUCAUUUUUCUUUUCUUUCUGCGUUGUGUUUCCUUGUUGUUGGUUUGGAUAAACCCAGCACAACGAAC